AUGACAACAAGCCAAACUACGCCUCAAGCAACCGGCUCCAUUCUGCUGAAAGGCGGCACCCUACUGUUUCAUAAUGAGCGAGAUGAUGUGACGCCUCUCAAGAAUACCGACAUACUUGUGCAAGGCAACCGUAUUGCCAAGAUUGGAAAAGCAAUUGCACUCCCGGCAGGAGCUCAGCUCGUCGACUGCAGCGGCAAGAUCAUUAGCCCAGGUUUUGUUGACACCCAUCACCACCUUUGGCAGACCCAGCUCAAGGGGUGCCAUGCAGACCAAUCAAUCUUUGACUACGUUCCCUCUGCCACCCAAGCGCUAUCAGCCACAAUUGCUUCAGGUAUUCGCUCAAUUUUCGCCUACUCCCAAGCCCCAUACUUCACGAAAUGGGACUCUAAAACCUGCGAGCUAUCAAUGGAUAUCAUGCCAGACUCAAGCAUGGCGCAUAUCUUUGAGCUUGCAAAAGCACAGCCCUAUGGAAACGGGAGGGUUCAAAUCGGAUUCGGAUUCGACUACUGGUUUCUCCCCAAAGAGGCCAUCGUAGGCAUUUUCAACGGACUUCGCCAUGCUGGUAUCAAGCUUUUUACCUCUCACUACGCGAAAAAUCCAACCUUUGGCCUUGAUGCGAGCGAGAAAGCCAAACUGGCUGAAACCCAGGUUGCUGUGUCGAGCACUCCAGACACAGAAGCUCAGAUGGGCUUCGGCUGGCCUCUUGCCUUCUCAUCAGGCAUUAACUACACGAUCGGUGUCGAUUGCCACACAAAUAACACAUCCUCAAUCCUGUCUCUCGCUCGAUCUGCUUUGCAGAUGGCGCGCCAACGCGAGGCGAUUGCGGAGACAAAUGGUUCAGAUGGCGCUCCUCAAAAACUGAAUCUCCAGCCGGCGGGCAGCACCCAGGAUGCUUUCAACGCAGCGACCAUCAGAGGAGCGCGUGCGGUGCUUUUGGGGGACGAGAUUGGGUCCCUAAAGGAGGGAAAGUUGGCUGACCUGGUCCUCUUUGAUGCUGCCGGGAGUGUGACAAUGAGUUGCGUAGCAGACUCGGAUCCUUUGACUGCGGUUGUUCGUCACAGCGAUAUUCGAGAUAUCGAGGCUGUUCUCAUAGACGGAGUCUGGAGGAAGCAAGGAGGCAAAGUCUGCCCAGUGACCGUUGCAGAGACAGGAUCCACUUUGCAGUGGGCUGAAAUCAGGGAUAAGUUGCUUGAGAGCCAGCGGGAGAUUCAGCAGCGACAGAAGAAUUUGAAUAUGGAAAAGGCGAAGGAGGCUCUUGUUGCCAUAUCACAUCUAGCCGGCCGAAAGAGCGAGGCGGCGCAACGACCCCGAGAGUCACGUAAUCUCUUUCCCACACGCACAAAGAUGGCUGUAUCAGAGAACAACGCAACCAAGACCGUUGCUUUGGCUGGGGCGAGCGGUAACUUGGGUCUUCGUAUCCUAGAAUCCCUGCUCGAUGCAGAGUUCGAUGUGACAGUCUUAAUUCGCCGCGAAAGCACCCCGAUUGAUUACCCUGUCAAAGCCCGAGUGGUAGAAGUCGACUAUGAUUCGCCCGAGUCACUCAAGAAUGCUCUUGGGGGCACCGACGCUGUAGUUUCUGCAGUCGGCAAGCAGAAUGGAUUGCAGAGCCAGUUCAAACUCAUCGAUGCUGCGAUCGCCGCUGGGGUAAAACGAUUCAUCCCGUCGGAGUUCGGUGCGGAUCUCCAGAACCCUAAGAUUCGUGCCUUUCCGACCUACCGAACUAAGGUAGAGGUCGAAGAUUACCUGGAGAAGGAAGUCCGGGACACUGGAUUGACUUACACCUACGUCUACAACAGCGUUUUGUUUGACGAAGGCCUGUCACUCGGGGCAUUUGCGAACUUCUCGACCCGGACAGUGAACAUCUUCGAUGGCGGGGACACAACAUUUUCUGCAACGAGAAUCAAGACAGUCGCGCAGGCUGUUGCUGCUAUCCUCAAGAACCUGGACGCAACUAAGAACAAGGCCGUUCGUAUCCGAGACCUUGCGAUGACCCCAAAGCAGCUACUAGAAACUCUCAAAGCGUUGGAUCAAGAUCACGCUUGGAAGGCGGUUGCAGUCAACACCGAAUCGCUUGUCAAGAACGCCGAACAUGAGCUAGCAUCGGGCAAGUUCAGCCCAAAGGCAUUCGCGGCAUUUGCAUUGAGAGCGACCUUUGCUCCAGAGCAUGCACAGGAUUAUAGUCGCGACAACGAGCUCUUGGGUAUAAUUCACAUGACGAAGGAAGAUAUCCAAGGGGUCUUGGCUGCAAGACUGUGCUGA